AUGUCACGAGGGAGCUCUUUGCUGGGCGAGGGGCUCCGGCUUCCUAUCUCCCGCCGAGGUCUAUUCUUCAAAGACGAUUUCUUCAGUGGAUUUCAGGAUGACUAUAAGACUGCUGUGGAGGACGUGCUGGACCGCUGGCGUUCCCGUUCUUCCGCUGCCGACCGCUUCGCCUCCUAUAGGAAGCUGAGAGAACGGGAUGCUUCAGACGACAACCAGGCGGCCACGAUAUCCGAGACGCCCGACAACUACGUGAUUGUACUGGACAUGGGAAAGUACUCGAGUGGACAAAUCACAGUGGAGACUCAAGGAUACGCUGCCGUGGUGAAGGCAGAGGCCGGUGAUCUAACCUACCACCGCCGCUUCCCUCUCCCACGGGACACCAACACUGAAGGAGUAGUAGCUGACCUCUCCGACGAAGGUAUUCUCACCGUCAGCGCCCCUCGGAAAGAGAAGGGAGAAGGAGGCAAGACUCCCGUCAAGUCAUCCAGCAAGGAGAGCUGCUCCUCCAGCACGUCCAUGGAGGAGCGAGUCAUCCCCACCACGAGGGAUGGAGUCGCCGUCAACUCAGCCACGCAGAGAACCCAGCAGGAAGUCAAGUUCACAGGGCGUAAGGGAUCGGGCACUAGAAUCAUCCCUCUUACUAUGGAGGACGACACUGGCAGCGGUGAUACGACCUCUAGCAGCGCCUCCAACACGUCACAGGCUGGCGAGGCGACGAGGUCCUUCGAGAGGAUAAUUCCGACUGUCAGGGAAGGAGACAUGCCCUCUACUUCGUCGUCUUCGUCUUCUGAAAGGAAAACCUCGACGCAGUAUUCUGGUUCGUCCUCGUCGUCAGUGCAGAGUAGAAUCCUUCCCAUCCAGCGGCGAGGCAGGUUCUUCCAAGACUCCACAUUUGAGAGAGUUUGGGAUGACUUCGAAAAUGCCGUUGAUGACUUAGUGACGAAGAGAGGCUCUGAGAAUGAAGAGAGUCAGAAGAAGGAGGAGGACGACCAGAUCCAAACGUACAGGAAUCUCCGUAAGGUUAUUAAGGAAGAGGACAACCAAGCAGCGACCGUCUCAAAGGAGGAUGAUGGAUACAAGAUCGUCAUGGAUGUGAAGGAUUUUGUGGACGGUCUGCUGGAUGUGAAGGCGCUCGAUGGCUCCGUCAUGGUCACGGGAGAGAAGGGCAUUAACAAAUUUGAGCGGCGGUUCUCCAUUCCGGGACUGUCAGAGCCGGAGAAGGUUGCUGCGGCGCUGUCUGCUGACGGGGUGCUGACCAUUACUGCUCCUGUGUAAAAUACGGUAGUCGUAAAGUUCGUUCUUUAUUGAGAGACGUGAAGGUGGAUGUUUUUCGGGAGUGCACGGUAUUGGAAUUUGCUUCCACUGUCAAACGUCAAGCCAAACACUUCAUCUUUUGCGCUCCUCAAUACAGUUUGUUGCCUCUCUCUUGACCUUCGUGCAGUGGCCGUCCCUUGAAUGCACCGUUUUCACUACUCGGAAGUAUUGUCUCUACAUAUUUUUACUGCCAACUGUCUCGUCACUUUCAAAAACUUUAUUGUCCUCUCUCGAAAACUGUGCCAGACUUUCCUUGUACAGCUGACAGACAAAAGCAACCUCGAGGCUUUGCCAAGAACGACACACGCUUCCCUGCAUCUUCACCACGUAUCUGGCUUCCUGUCCAUUCACUGGCGAACUUCAGUGUGGAGAAAACCCGACUUCCUGUGACACCUCGUCAUGUCUGAUUCUCCUUCCAUAGCAAAGGGAGAGGCGCGACCCGAGCACCAGUUAUGCAGCCUCUCGUGUGCUCUCCGUCUUGAGGAUUGGUUGGUUCAAGGCGCCACAAAGGAGGUCCUGUGGCGCUGUCUCGUGCUUCGUGUAUUUUUGCUUCACCCGCUGGCAUUAAAGACACAUUCUUGUAUGGAUGUAUGAAUGUAUUUAUUGUAUGGAACUAUAUAUUGUACAUGUAUUACGUAUCACUAUAGAUUUCAAUUUAUUUGCUCUUUAAUUUUAGUUUCGAAGUUUAAAACAAGAUGUCUGGAAAUAAAAACACUGACAUGAUAAAGAUAAAUUAUUAUUGGUGUAUGAUAUGUAUAUUAUGUAGUAUAGACUUUUAUAUCGCUUAGUAAAAUUAUCUUUAUAUUCCA